CAUAUAUAUUCAGCAGUUUUGUCUAUGUGAAUACAAAUAAAAUCUAUAUGGCAAUCAUUACAAGGAAUACAAAUUCUUACAAAAAUAGAAAAAGAAAGAGUAAUGUUUAAACAAAAGCUUUCCACAAAUUAAAUAACAACACAAACAACUGUUUUUUUGAUAUAUAAUUUUAAAAAUAUGUUCUGUUUUUUUUUUCAUUUAUAAACAAAAGAGAGCACGACAAGUUUGAUGAUGUCGGAAAGAAAAAUUAAAAAAAAAUGUAAUAAUAAAACAAAAUAAGAUAAUAAAGUAGAAAAGGACAUUGAAGAAAGAAUGGUAUUGUUGUUGGUAUGGUCACUACCAGACAUAUGGGUCCCGUUUCUCAUCACCCUCUCCACCACCUAAUCCUUUUCUUCUCCCCCAAUUCUUGAAAUCUAUCUUUAGAUUUCAAGAAACCCUUAAAGUCCUCUCUCUGUCUCUUUCUGUUUGUCUGUUUCCUUAUCUCCUCCUGAAUUUGCACUCCCAGGUGUUUCCAAGUCCUUAACUUCUAAAACACUCUCUCUCUCUCUUGUAUUUAGUUUUGGAUUCUUAGAGCUUUUAUUUAGUGGGUUUUCUAAAAUGAUUACUGAGCUUGAGAUGGGGAAAGCUGAGAGUGAGCUAGAACUGGGACUAGGGCUGAGUCUUGGCGGUGGAACGGCGUCCAAGAUUGUUAAACCAGGUGGUGGCGGCGCGUGGGGAGAGCGUGGGAGGCUUUUGACUGCAAAAGAUUUUCCUUCAGUUGGCUCUAAACGAGCUGCCGACUCUGCUUCUCACGCUGGUGCAUCUCCUCCUCGUUCAAGUCAAGUUGUGGGAUGGCCACCUAUUGGAUCUCACAGGAUGAACAGUUUGGUUAAUAACCAAGCCACAAAGAAAGAAGAUGAUGGUAAGAAGCAAGCCAAAGAUGAUGAGACUAAAGAUGUUACAAAGAAAGUGAAUGGAAAAGUUCAAGUUGGGUUUAUUAAGGUGAACAUGGAUGGAGUUGCUAUAGGAAGAAAAGUUGAUUUGAAUGCUCAUUCUUCUUACGAGAAUUUGGCGCAGACACUGGAAGAUAUGUUCUUUCGCACUAGUCCCGGUACUAUAGGGUUAACGGGUCAGUUCACCAAACCGUUGAGGCUUUUAGAUGGAUCUUCUGAGUUUGUACUUACUUAUGAAGAUAAGGAAGGUGAUUGGAUGCUUGUUGGUGAUGUCCCAUGGAGAAUGUUCAUCACGUCGGUGAAAAGACUUCGGGUGAUGAAAACCUCUGAAGCUAAUGGACUUGCUGUAAGACAUCAAGAUCCGAAGGAGAGGCAAAGAAACAAACCUGUUUAGCUCUCUUUUCCACAUUACGUUAUUACAGUUUUUUUUUGUGGGGUUUUUGCAAGUCUGUGUUACUUGUGAAGCAAGUAUAAGGAAGAAACAGAAGCUAGAUUGGUCUUAUCGAGUUUGUGUAUGCUUCUUGGUUCUUCUUAUGGUUUUUUAGGGUUUUCUUUUUUGGUUGCUGUCUUUUUUUCUUUCUGUUGCGAUUUCAUCAUAUACUAUGGAAGAGAAUGCUCUUUAUUUCUUUUACCACACUGUAAAUAUUUGAAGCUUAUCUAAUAUCGUUUUUGUGGUU